AUGCAAGGCAAAAUCAGGUUGCUGAUAAUAAAUGUUUAUCUAUGGAUAGUUUCAAUUAUAUUCCUCUUUGACUGCCAUCCAUGGUAUUGCUACUUCCAGUAUUUAACUGCUUGGGCUUGGAUAUUUGUCAAGGCGUAUUUUGGCUUCUCAUUUUACCUGGCGACAAGAAAGGGUCGGGGAUGGUCCAUAAGAGGUCUGGAUAACGUUGUUGGUAGUAUGGAACAUGGAAGGAAUCGAACAAGCAUUACAGAUAAUAUGGAGAUGGAAAAUGCCAUGAAGGAAAAUGCCAUGAAGGAAAAUGUCAUGAAGGAAAAUGCCCACAAAGUUGCUGCGGAUUGCUUGGAACGGUCGUGCGGUACCCGAUCCGCUGGCCAGCCCGAUGGUGUUGAAAAUUGGUGGGAAAUGAUCGGCGAAAUAGCACAGUGUGUGUCUGUGAUUGUAGUGGUCAUGUUCUGGGGCCUAGUAUGGCCACAAGAGUCGGCGUUGCGCUGUUUCUGGUGGGAAGUGAACAUGCACGGGGUCGGGUUGCUACUUCUUCUCUAUGAACGCUGUACAGUCAAAGGUUGUACAGUCAAAGGCUGUACAGUCAAAGGCUGUACAGUCGAGUCUGACGUCAGGUCUGCGAAGAGUUGGCGAUGGACGACGCAGCCGUGGCUGUGGGCCUUCGUCGCUCUUUACACCGGCAUCCACGUGGCCGCCUUCUUCAGCCGCGGUCGACGACCCAUCUACCCCGGCGUGGACUUGACGACACAACGCGGCCUGGCGCUCUACGUCUCCGUCGCCGCCGCCCUCAUCUCUCUCCACGGCCUCGCGGUCCUGCUCCACACUACCCGACCCCGACUCAUGACUGCACCGCCACAAUUAUGA